UAUUUUACAACAUGGUUGUCAUUUUUUACAGCAGUUAUUACAUUUUGUGUACUGUUCAUUUAUAAAUAUACUACUGUCCAUUUUAAUUUCUAAUGCAUUAAUGUUACUAUGUAGACAUGAACAUAUGAUUAAUUAAAAUGUUACCCAUUUAUCUGUCAAAUAAUGCAUUUUGUUGUAUAUUUCUGCAUGUAGCUGCCACAGGAGACAUGCCAGCAUAUCAGAUCCGCUCCCCGUCAUCAGGGUUACCACCAGGCGUCGUUAUGGCAGCGUCACCGGGGGCCAUGCACAGCCCACAGCAGAACACAGAGGAGGCCACACGCAAGAGAGAAGUUCGCCUGAUGAAGAACAGGGAGGCGGCGCGCGAGUGUCGCAAAAAGAAGAAAGAAUAUGUGAAGUGCUUGGAGAAUCGUGUCGCUGUGCUGGAAAACCAGAACAAGACUCUCAUAGAGGAGCUCAAAGCUCUUAAAGACAUCUACUGCCACAAACCAGAAUAACCCUCACAAACACUGCGCAAGGACUGUGUGAUUCACACACUACCUGUCUCUUCUCUUCUUCUGUUGCAUCGCCUGGAUUUUAGCGGGGUUUUUUUUGUUCGUUUGGCCAAAUGUUUUUAUAAGAUGUUGCUAAUGUUGCUUUGAGGAUGCUCCUCACAAACACACACACACACACACAUACAUUUUAAGAUGGGCGUAUUUUGAAAAAAACUGAACUCUUCAUUGAUUUGUGUGUAAAAAUAUGUAUUUUCCUUUUUUAGGUUGAAAUCA